CGCGCUCUGAUUUCCGGCGGGCGGGCGCGCGGGUUGAGUGGCGGCGCGGGGCUCGGCCAUGGCGGGACUUACUGCUAUGGAGAAGAAGCUGGCUGAAUACAAGUGUAAUACAAAUGAAGCAAUUCAGCUGAAGCUAGUUCGCUUUCCUGAGGAUUUGGAGGAUGAGAACACAACAUUUAAUCCAGAGUACAGCCAUCAAGUGUUUGGAGAUGAUGAAGUUGCUUUUGGCUACAAGGGACUCAAGAUCCUCUUGUAUUACAUUGCUGGAAACCUCUCAACCCUCUUCCGCAUUGAAUACACGUCAAAAGUCAAUGAAAAGUUUGACUGUGUGGAGGCAGAUGAUGUGGAAAGUAAAAUUAGAGAAAUCAUUCCGCCUGGUUUUUGCACAAAUACAGAUGACUUUGUGUCUCUGCUGGAGAAAGAGGUCAACUUCAAGCCCUUUGGAAUGCUGUUGCACACAUAUUCUAUUCAUAACGAGGAAGCUGGUGAAGAUAUAAUAUAUCAGAUAUACAAGGCUGACAUGACAUGUCCAGGCUUUCGAGAAUAUCAUGAAAGGCUUCAGACGUUCUUGAUGUGGUUUAUUGAAACUGCUAGCUUUAUUGAUGUAGAUGAUGAAAGAUGGAACUACUUUCUAGUAUUUGAGAAGUAUAAUAAGGAUGGAGCUACGCUCUUUGCGACCGUAGGCUACAUGACAGUCUAUAAUUACUAUGUGUACCCAGACAAAACCCGGCCACGUGUAAGCCAGAUGCUGAUCUUGCCGCCAUUCCAAGGAGAAGGCCAUGGUGCUCAACUGCUUGAAACAAUUCAUAGAUACUAUAUGUCUUCUCCUACAGUACUUGAUAUAACAGCUGAAGAUCCAUCUGAGAACUACGUGAAGCUUAGAGACUUUGUUCUUGUAAAGCUCUGUCAAGAUUUGCUUUGCUUUUCCCCAGUAAAGUUAAUGCAAGGUUUCAGUCAAGAAAUGGUGACGGAAGCUCAGCAAAAAUUGAAAAUAAAUAAGCAACACACAAGACGAGUUUAUGAAAUUCUCCGAUUGCGUGCAACAAAUAUGGGUGAUGCAGAACAGUCCAGAAGCUAUCGCUUGGAUGUUAAAAGAAGACUGAUUGGGCCCUAUAAGGAUGCUGCUGGACAAAGUCCUAGCUUGCCAGUCCGGAUAUUUUGUUGAUGAUUUUCAACAGGAUACCUUCACCUACAAGUGAACUGCAGGAUGCUUGUCUCAGAAGUACACACAGCAGCAACUCCAGCUGUUCAGUGAGUCACAUUGUGAAAUUAAAAAGUAUAAAAAGUAUUUAUAAAAGUAUAAAAACUAUUUAUAAAAGUUUAGUAAGUUUGUGUAAUGUUUGUAUUUCUGUAUUAACUAAGAACAAGAACCUCCUAUAUUUAAACAAAUACUUUGUGUUAUAGUACACAACCGGUGUUGUUUGACUUCUGUGUGCUGAGAACACCGGUGAGCUGCUAACAGCUGUCUGUAUGGAAUUGCAAGUAGGUACUGGAGGGGUUCAAUUGUGUGGAUUUGUGAGCUGACAAAUUAACACUGAGGCUUAGUAGCAGCUCUUUCACACUAGGUUGGGGGCAUGAGAAUUGGAUAGCUUAAGCUGAAUGCUGUUGGAGCCCUCUUCUAUUCUGGGCACAAUAUGAGGCUAAAGUAAUCCUGGAUUUAAAAUAUUUUUGUUCAAAUACUUAAUCUGUUAUUCUAGGUUUCUUAAGCACUAUUGUUCUUUUCAGCUAUUACUAGCUAACAGAAAUUUAAAGCAAACACUAAUAACAGUGUUAUUAAUAAUAGGUUUAUGUGACUUUUUUCUGCAUUUUGAUAAAAUCUAGAUUCUUUAGUCACUUCACUCAGAUUUCAAGUGAAACUUUGCACAACAUACUUAUAAAGCUUUCUAGAGAGUUUUUUACAUUCGAAUAUUCAGAAUGUACAUAGGAUCAUACUUAUAAAGUUUUUCUUUGUAGAUGCUUCUGGCAUCAGGGUGCUGAUUUGCCCUUCCAUUAGUUAAAAAUCCAGCCAUGGCAAUAGGGAAUCUACUUCAAAAAAUUCAGUAAAAUAGUGAAUUUAUUUCAAUUGACAGACAUAAGUUUUCUUCCAAUGUAAAGGUAUUGUUAAUGAUGCUAGUGCAAGAUUUUGUCCUAAAAGGUAAAUAAAGCUCUGAAAAGUGUUUUAUGUUCAGAAACCUGGGUCAAACUGUUUCCUUUCAGUUUGAAACAUAAAAGUUACCUACUGCAGAUACUAGGAAACAGCUUGUUGUUCAACAACUAGUAAUCUCAAGAAAUACAACAGAAUACCUAUAGCUUCAGAACUGAGAAAGCAAACUACCAGAAUCUGCAGGAUUUGAAGGACACUAACUGCUGUAGUUGGAGGAAUAAAGGUCUGUGUGUCACUAAAGGAGUGUCUUGGGCAGCAAAUGUCUUUGCUUCCUAAGAACCAGCACACAAAGCUGCUAUGUGGCAGUUUAGGCAAUUCAAGAGUGACCUAUUGUCUCUCUCUGCAAUAGCAGCAGGAGGGUAAGCAGCCCAUAAUGUUUGUAUGAAGGAUUUGUGUGUGCUUAUAUAGAUUUUUUUCAAUUCCUUUUUUUGUCUCUCACUGAGACUUUGUUGUUCUUUAUGCUUCUCCUUGAUCAUAUUUUAUGACUGUCAGACACUAGAAAGCUUGAAAAUCUUAUGUUGCAUAUUUUGCCAUUUUACCUUUCCUCACGGUGUCAGUUCCGACCUGCUUUCUUCAGUAUCAAACUGUUGGAACUAGAAAUACCUGUUACUUUGGUAAGCUUAUCAUAUAAAACCCUGGAGUUUUAGUUUUCAAAUUUAAAAUUAUUCUGUAAUGCUACUGCUUUGUGAAACAUUGCUUGCUAGGAUAAUUUGGACUUGAAGUUGAAAAAAAAAAGAUAGCAUAAUAAAUAUUAACAUCUACAUCUCACAAGCAAGUAUGUGUUGCAGAUAAUUCAAUUUUCUGAAAAAAAAGUAGCCUAAAGUCGUAGAAAUAUUUUCCCCCAUGCUAUCAUUCAUGAUUUUCAAUGAUUUCAGCUGGUUUACACUGCUAGCUCUUUUCUCCAAUUAUCAGAAAGAUUUCAGUGUAACACUAGGUUCUUUAUAUUAAAAUAUUCCAUUUACAAAAGGCAGUUAACCACACCAAUGACAAUUUUUUAAAUUAUGAGGCUAAAAAUUUAGUCCAGCCAGUAAAAAUUGAAGGCUAUUACACAAAGCAAUACAAAUAGAUGCAAGCUUGACUCAGGCAGGGCAUGCUAUCUGCCAUCAUACUGGCUUAUAACUGGUAGGAAUGAGCUUGUCUCCCUAUCACUUAUCUUUUUUACAAUGUAGAAAGAAAAAUAAUACAACUACCAGUUUCUACUCAUAGCUACUCAUUCAAUUACAUGCUUACCAGGUUCCUUGUUCCUUGCACUAAAGCCUUCAGUAAUAUGCAUUGCAAGAAACAAGAUUACACGCUGUAUCUGAGCUUCCUUUUAGAUCUAGAAUGGUACAAGCUAGGUACAAAGGAUCAUUAAUCUAACAGUUUUCAUAUUUCCAUGUUCAAAUAUGUUUAAUUCUCUAGACCAGAGGCGGAGAGAAAAGGUUGGAAAAAAAUGUUCUACAUUGACUCUUCAAAGCUCAUUUCAGAUAUGAGGCUCCCACCCAAACUGGAGGAAUCUCAGGUAAUGACACCAUGAAGACAAAGCCUUGGGAAGAGGAUUCAGAAUUCCCUCUUUGCUGUACAAAAAAAAAAAAUACAUAGCAGGAGCAGUACUGUGCACUGGUUUUUUUUUCUGAGAGUAGCACUACCUUUUUUCUUCAGUAAAUAAAGAACAAGUAAUGCUGUAAACAUUGCUCACACAGGAUGUAUGUGCUCCAUUUGUGGUUGUUGCACAGUUUGAGCUGAAGAGAUAAAACGUGAAGAAAAUCUAGAUCAAUGGGAAAAGCUUGACAUCCCUUUUUUGUUUCUAAAUGGUAGGGCAAUAAGGGAGAUAUUCCAUGUUCAAUAGAUGCUAUUUUUAGAUGCUUCCCUUUUCUCUAGUUAGGUUUUUCUCUGAGCUAUAUGAGGUGUUCAUGUUUUAAAACUUCAUCGUUUCAUAGAAAAUAAUAAAUCUGCCUAGAAUGAAUUUAAUAUGAUGAGGACCUAUAAAUAUGUUAUUUUUCUUUCCCUCAAGGUGUAAUGUAAGUUUUAUUUUAGUGUAGUUUUACCUGGUUAUAAAUAUUUUGUAUCACUAAUGUAGGAGAUUUCUGGGCAAGUUCAGGGCUCCAAACUCUCUCAGCCUGGAUCAGAUGAACAUCAGUGCUGAAAAAAAGAACACCUAUUUGUGAUUAGAGCAGGACCCAAACAGCACCAGUCUCAUCAGCAAAAGCUGCUGUAGAACUAAAUAAUCUUUUAAGACAAUCUUAGAUAGGAAAAUCUAAGCCUAACUUCAGAAGUUAAGAUCUAAGCCUAACCUCAGCUUCUAUACUUAAACUAGAAGCGUGUUUCUGUAUUGCUCUAUAAAAGAUAUUGUGUGUCAUAAAAUAUAACUCUGUUGUCUUACAGGCUGUUACAGACUGCUUUGAAACUUUCAUGUCAAAACCUAGCUUUAUGUCUUCUUUAGCACACAUAAUUUUAAUAUUUUUUAGCACAGGCUUAUUUUAAUAUCAGCCUGCCCAAUUUUGGGAGGAAAUAAUGUUGAGAUUCUACAUUUAGUGUUUGGUGGCUUUCACAGCACAGAACCAAUGUAAGUGAGAUGGGAUGUGGAACAUUCUUCAAGGAGAGUCGUUCACACAGAUGUGUUGAAUAAACCCUGAGCUGAAAAGUAAUUUCUCCAAAACUGCCUCUCAACCUGACACUCCAUCUUGAGACAUCACUGUCCAUGUUAAAUAUUUCAGGGGGAUUUGUCAAUUCUAAUCAAAAGACAAUUAUACACAUAAAGGAGAAAGUGAUGUAUUGCUUUUGGUGACAAUUUGAAUGCAGUGGAGUAUGAUUUUUUUCAGGUUUGCUGUGUUAGGAUCUGGUAUGUCUCUCUUUUCAGAGAUAUUCACCCCCAUUUUACUGCUAUAAAGGUCCUAAAAACUAUAAAUGUUGUUUUUAUUUCUUAGGAAAAGGAGAAAACCUGCAUCUAAGCAUAAAUUAGAGACAACUGUAUAAUGACUGUUGUUAGGCUUAAGAUGCAUCCAGAGACUGCAAAAAUUACACAGUUUGCUUGAAAUGUAAUUGAUCGUAAUUUGAUUGAUCCUCUAUUUUCUGGCAUGCAAAAAUAAUUGGUCCAAUCUAACACCUAGUCAGUACCUACAAGUAUUUGUGAAAUAGCCUGACACUUAAGGACAAGGUAAUUACAAAGGUGGUAGCAGCAUAACUAGAAUUGCCUCCAUUUUCUUAUGCCAUCAACCAAUUUUCAGGCUGUUACAAAAAGGAAUUCAGGACUUACAGAUGCAGAAAAAAACCCAAGCAUUCACUUCAUUUUCUCUAACAGUGGCCUCAUUCUACCGAGUAGGAAAUACUUGCUGACUCAAGCAAGAAAGGUGAGACUAGGCCACCUUAGAGCUCUCUGGUUUUUCUCCUUUAGUGACAGUUGAGGAAAAUGUGGCUAAUUACUCAUCAUACAUGGAUACUUUCAUGUGAAAUCUCUCUAAGCACACACAGGAACUCCCACUCAAGAGUAAAUAUAGUUGCAUUGGUCAAGCAGCAGAAUAUGUGAAUGCUUUACAAUGCCCACUGAUAUUAUAGAAAUAGUGGUUGUGCAUCUGGAUUCCUAAAGCCUUGCCAAGAUACAAAAGAGGAUAGGAUUAUGCUCUUGAAAGACCAUACUACACGGUAGAAUUAGGAGCAAAGGGAAGACGUGCACAUUUCGGCCCUGCAAAUGAAAUGUAUGCAUAGCUCUCACCAGCAAGCAGUGGGUAAUGCUGCUCACAAGGUGUAACUGAUCAGCUUAGCAAUGCUUUCUCUACAUUUAUUUCUAUAUGCUUAUUUCUGUCAAAAUCUUAACCAUUCUCCCCUCACUGAAUAAUGAUGAAACAUGUCAAUUCAUGCAAAAUGUGGCUCUAAGAUGUGGAAUAAUUUUUUGGAGGCAGUGUAAAGUAUUGUAUUGAUCUUUAAACUAGUAUGUAGUCUGGAUAUAAGCUAUAUGAUAGGCUGCCUGUCAUGCUGUGGCAGCUGAUUAAGAGAUGCACUUUUACUAGCAAAAUUUAAGAGAAUCACAGCACUUUUUUUUCCUUUUUUUUUUUUUUUUUAAUAAGAGAAAGCUUGGAAUUUGCUCCUUAAAAUCAGAAAUGCUUCAAGUGUAACUUUGAAGUUCAUACUUUUUGGAGAAUUUUUCUAAAGCAUGUGUAGGUAAAUAAUGCUCAUCAUUCCCAUCUGCCUUGGGCUUUGAGUCUAUUGUUAACUAAAUCAUAAAACUUGUACAUGGUAAGUUAAAAACUACUAAUGGCUGUACCAGGAGGUAAAUAAAUCUGGAGAUAAACAGC